GCGGGCGCACGCGUGCGAGCGGUCUGAUCAGCAUGUCUCUUUCCCUGCUGUACAGCAGAUUCCUGAAGGGACCUGAUCUCCUUGUGGAAGCAUUAUGUACUGCACCCGCUUAAGGACGCUGCAGCUGGUCGUCAUGGCAACGCUGUGGGUGACACCAGUGAGGGCGGGGACAGACUGCAGGUAUGGCUGCCGACUAAACAACAUGACCAUCACCGUGGAGAGAGAGGACUGUCACGGAAGCAUCACCAUCACCACCUGCGCCGGCCUGUGCGAAACGACGGAUCUGAACUAUCAGAGCACAUGGCUGCCGCGCUCCCAGGGGGCGUGUAACUUCAAGGACUGGUCCUACGAGAAGGUCUACCUGGAAGGCUGUCCAUCCGGGGUUGACCCCUUCUUCAUACCCGUUGCCAAGAGCUGCGAUUGCAUCAAAUGCAAGACGGACAACACCGACUGUGAUCGCAUAAGCAUGGCAACACCCAGCUGCUUAGGAAGCCCACUAGAAAUGUAAUACUGUAGAGUUAGGCUGUUGCAGCAGCCACAGUUUAUGUUAAGCAACGGUUUGACUAUUCUAUGGUACUGUUUCCAUUGUUGAUGUGCUAUCACAAUAAAACACUACGGAAGUCUAAAA